AUAGUUUCAUUUUAUGUUUACAACUGGUGACAGUUGUAUACAAGCUCAGAGUUAAUUUUGUUUUGAUGUUAUUUUCUUACCAGUUGAAGUUUUAAUUGAUGUUUGAUUGCAUGGAUUGGCCAUGCGUUAAAUUUACUCACGUUUGUGCACCGUAUAUGAUUGGUUGAAAUUAAUUAAUAUAUUUUGCUUGAAGGAAUUGUAACUUGUGAUAUUUAAGAGUGAGUUUUUUCAACAGAUUUGGACCUAUUUAUUGAAACUGGUGCAAGAAGCUAACUACAGUUCUCUCCCUUUUGAUGUGAUGAGAGUAAUCUCCCUUUACUCUUCAAUCAGAGUGGCUGCCCUUCCUUCAAGCGUUGUGGCCUUUAUUUACUCUAAUUGUGCAAAUUUGAACUGCAUGAUAUAACUGAUUGCAUCUGAAGAGACAUUGACCUUAUACUUUUAAUCCUUCGGUAUUUCCAAUAACUCUUAAGCCAUUUCAUCGGAUAUUUUGACUUCGCAACAUACAGUGUGGUUGUAACAGAAUAACAGUGAUAAAACAUUAAAUGUAUUAAUAAUUUUAAAGCCUUUAAGCUAUCAAUUGAGCCAUUCUGUAAACUUCUAGUUAAAAAAUAUCAUAAAAAUGGAUACAAACGGAGAUAGUGCGUCUUCUUCUAACCACUUGGAACUGUACGUGAAGGCUGGGGAAAAUGGUAAGAAUUACGGGGCGUGUCCAUUCUGUCAAAUGGUUUACAUGAUUCUUGACUUGAAAGCAAGAGAUGAAGAGCUUACUUACGACGUUAUCACCAUAAGCAUGUCACGUCCACCACAGGAGUUUAAGAAAUUGGCCAAUCGCUUGCCAGUGUUGAAACACGGGGAUGAGAUUUUGACGGACAAUGAUGAGAUCGUACAGUACUUGGAUAAGAACUUCCCGCACCCUGAUUUGCGAUAUGACAAUGUAAAAGCCAAUGCCGUCUGCCUGAACUUUUUCUCGAAGUUUUCCUUCUUCAUAAAACAAGUGAAAAAUAGCCCAGAAAAUUUGCUAAAAGAGCUCGGAGCAAUAAAUAACUUCCUAGAGUCAGCUGGUACCCAGUAUCUCUGCGGGGACACAAUUUCCAAUCUGGAUUGCCUUGUCCUGCCAAAACUGCAGCACAUUCGCGUCGCCUGCAAAGCAUUGAAGGAUUUUGACAUUCCGGCCACGAUGACUGCAAUCUGGAAAUACAUGGGACAAGCCUACACAAGCACGACCUUCCGUAAGACGUGCCCUUCAGAUCAAGAGAUCGUUCACCAUUGGAGCCAGAAGGCGGAGACUCCGCACCUCUCAGAGGAAAAAAUGAGGCAGUAUUCCACUGAUACCGAGCCACGGUUUUCCAUUGAUAUUCCGUCUGAUUAGAAUAUUCAUUUGUAAGUUCUAUCUUUCAUAGGGACUUAAGUAAGUUUUGCUUUAGCAAAGAGAGUGAAGAUUGUAAAGUGUAUUAGGGAGAAAGUCCUUGGCACAACCAUCGAUGUCGCUUAGAACUCGAUGCUUUCGCCUCUAAAAUGUACAUUGUAGCGUGUACUACAGAAGUAAUUAUUUUAUUGUAUAAAUAGAUUGUUGUUAUUAUGACUUUUGAGGGACUGCUUUUUCGUGCUGUGAAAGAUAUUACGUUUACCGAUACAUAUUCAAUGUAUUUUUAUAAACAUGAAGUGUAUCUUGCUUGUCUUGAAAAAAUUCAGUUGUUUUGCUUGCAUUUUUUUGUUUGGAAAUAUAUAUAUGCAUUUUCAAGGAAUUUAUUAACUGUAGUGUCUAUCAUGUGAUUUAGAUACUUGUGCUUUUUCAUACCAUAUAUUUGUCUUUUAAAGUAUAAGACGCAAGUGCCCUUAUAGAUGUGCAAUGGUUCUUUUAAGUGGGCAUUUUUAGAGUUUCAAGGACCUCAAUAAAUUAUUAUUCUUUUCCUGAUUCAAAACAUUUAAAGAAAUGAGUUUGUUUGGCUGUUAAAAAAAUCUGUCAUUAUUUUGUUUAUAUUGCACAUGCUUAAAUUUUUACAUGUACAAAUCUCUACCCUAGUGUACCAACUCAUAGGUUACACACCACCAAUUUUUAGUGUAUGAUGAAUUUGGAAACAAAACUACUAGACAGUCUGAAAUAUGACAAAUCAAAGGUGCGUCUACUAGGACAAAUGUGGUAUAUAGGAUAUUAUAGUUUAUACAGAGCCUUAUGAAUCAAUGUGGAAUGUUUUACAUGUCAGUUGUGCCAUUUUUUCCUGGAUUUUUACCGUAUUUGUCUCAACCGUUGUUUUCAGCUGGCUAAAUUUUCCAGAUUUUAAUCCUAUGAAUAAUUUAGAAUUCCAUUUUCAUUGUGUAUGUUACUCAUGCACAACAUUCUGAAUGAUGACAUUCUUUUAUUUUGAGCAUUUUAUUAUUUUUUGUAACAUUAUGGUCCUUGACAACACGUCAUGUUUUAAGUAAUUAUUUACUGAAGAGAUUGAUUAAUUUAUUUAACUAAAGUAGGUGAUCAAUUUGCAACUAAUAAUUGUUUCUGACAGAUAAAUCAAUUUUCAAAAUUAUACAGCUAAAUUACAGAUAUAUUCAGUUAGUCAUCUGCAAUAUAGUGGUACAUGUAACUCAGUGUUUAUUCAACCAUCUCAAUGAAAUGGUACGGUUCUUCAUUUUCUACUUAUUUAUAACACACUGCAGCUAAUUGUAUAAAACUCUGAUAAGUUGUCAACAUAUCAUCUUGUGGCUUGUUGACUCAUUAAAACAAUUUGACUGGUUUAGUAGUCUUUAUUUGAUAAAUAUUGAUCAAUCAAGAUGCAUUUUGGAUAACUUCGACCAAACCAAAAAUUGAACCGGUUUAAUACAAUUGGCUACUCUAUUAUAUACAAAUAUUUCUUAAUGGUCAAAAUUUUGUGUUGUUUAGUUAUUUUAAGGCUUCUGUUAAAUGAUUUUGACAGGCUGGACAUCAAAUAAUAUAAUUUAUUUUACAAUAUUUGAGAAUGAUAUUUAUACGACAUUGACAUAACUACAAUAAAAUGUAGCUUAUAUAAUUCUUGAGUUCCAACGGAAACUAAAUUAACAGUCUGUUUACUAUUUACUUUGCUUGUAAAUUUUAUGCAAAAUAAAUUUGUUAUAUAUUUUGCUUUUUGAAUCGCAAGUUAUACUUAACUUACCUCAUGCUAGAAGUGCUUGCAUUUAUUGUAUUAUUUCUUUAUAUUCUGGACAUUAUUAGGAAUUCCAUCAUUAUGUCAUCAGUGUUUUUCUGUUGGUUAAUUUUUCUGCCAAAUACUGGCCAUUUUCCAUUGCCAAAAAGCGUAUUUUGAUUCUCUUAAUAUGCUCAUUUUUCCAAAUUGUAAAAAAAUGAGUACUUCUGAAAUCAAAACGGGGCAGAUUAAUGUUGUUAUGAAAAGUGAAUAAUAAAUUAAGAAAAAGCAGAAAAAUUAAACAUUUCUCUUAUUUUCCCAUUUUUAGGACUUUUCGCGCAUAUUUUUCCCCAAUAAAAGGCUCAGGCAGUAGAUCUAUUUUUGACAGAGAAAGAAUCACAGAUCAUACAAACUCAUGUUUUAUAGAAUAUAUAAUAAGUAUAUCGUUGUACUCUUUGUUAAUGUGUUGUGGAAGUAUGUAAAAAUAUAUUUGUUAUUGUUUUUUGUAAGUGCUGCUCUUAAGAAGUGCAAAACUAAUGUAUUGAGGCUUAUAAGAGCUAGCUUGCAUGGUUACAUAUGAAGGGGUGUUAUAUUAUUGUGGAGUUGCAUUGCCAGGAGGGGUCAAGUCACAUAGAAAUAUAGAAGGUUUUCGUACCUUCUACCAAUUUUACCUCAUGUUAUAACAUGUGGCUUAACAGCUUUUAUUGGGCCAUUCUCUCAAGAGUGGUCAACACAUGACUCUUUUAUGAUUUUCAAAAAGAAUGUUAUAUUUUGAGAAUCAUUGAUAAUGUUACAUGUAAUAAAUAGUUGAAAAGAACAUUUCUCAUGCUAGAAAUGAUCAAUAAAUAUAAAUUUCAUUUUAAUUUAGGAUUAAGUGUCAAUUUAAGAUUAUCUUUAAGCGUUGCUAAGUGGACAAACAUGCAGGAACCAGUCUGGCGGAAUGCCCCUUGAAGCAAUACUUGUGAAAAGAUUUAAAACUCAUUAAGCAGCUCUUUAUAGCCAUUCUUUGUUUGCUACUGUUUUGAUGCAAGCACUUAUACACAUAUUUAGAUGGGAUAAAUUAUGAGCUCUGUCUAGGUUGUUACUGUUUAUUGUUUGAAAUAACUCGGUCGUGAUUUUAAAUUUGCAUAUUCUGUAUUGCGUAAUAACAAGUAAUGCGCAAUGCUCUCGAAUAUAUAUGGCGAAAUUAAUUGUUUACUGUAUGUUAUUUAGAACAAAAGGCAAGCGUUUUUUUGGAAGCUUUUUGUAGACAGAUUUUAAUGAGUUUUGUUUAACUAUGUGGGAUAAGUGAAUUAGCAUUAAGAAUAUAAACCACAACACUGUCUCCGAAAUGUAUAGACUGAAAGCUGCACUCUCACAGAUAUACCAUUUUUACAACUAUUUUUAUUUAUUUUUUGUCUUGGAAAGAGCAAAUUUUGGCGUAAAUAUUUGUAAACCAAUGAUAUAAGAUUGCUGACAAAAAAUCAGAUCGAAGAUUUUCAUAUUUCUGUUUGAAAUGUUUUAUGGCUUAAAGUGUUACUAACAGUUUAAGAAAAAUGCAUAAACAUAUAUUUUUGAACUUCAAUGUAAAAUCUGUGAUCUUAUUUUAUUCACAGUCUUAUAUAACUGGUUUCCAUGAAUAUUCUCAAAAAGUGUCUCGUUCCUUGACAAAACAUAAAAAAGUUGUCAAAACUUUCAAUCUGUGAGAGUGCAGCUUUAAGGCUUAAAAUAAACUUUUUGUUUCCACCAACCCUACAGACCGUUUAUUUUCCUCCUGACCCUUCAUAAUUUUUUGCUGUAUCAUAGAUUUUUUUUUCCUUAUUUCCUAAAGAACGUGCAUUUUUUAGUGAACAUUUUAAAAAUUUGACCACCUUGUAUUUAAAUUUUUCUACAAUGGUGAUAUACCCUGAAAAAGGUGGGUUAAGUACACACUCCCUGUUCUCAAAAAAAAAUAAAAUAUGUGCCUACUUACACUAAAAAAAAAAAUUGAAAUGUUAGUGGAGACAAAGAUUUUUUUUGGGGGGGAGGAGACUUAUCCAUUAAAACCUGGUGGGACUGUUUUGCCAUUCGAUAUUUAUACAUUUUAUAUGCUAUUUUAAAUAAUUUUUGUUCACUUUUUGUUAAUCAUUCAUUCUCUCAUGUGUAUUAUAGUUGCAAGUAAGUGAACUGUUUUGCUGUUAAAACGUUGGCUUUUAUCUGUUGACACAAAAAAAAUUUUAACAAGUGAUGCACACAAAAAUAUUUAAUAAUUUUGGAAUUUUUAUUUUACAUGUAUAUAUUUCUACUUUUAAUGUACUUUUAUUUUUAAUUUUACAUUUUAUUAUUUUAUGCUGGUGCUAACUUUAAUUUUGCAUUGUUUUAUCAGACUUAAGUGUUUUACAUUAUUUUAUCUGACUUUAAUGUUUUGCAUUCAUUUAUCUGACUUAAGUGUUUGCCUUAAUUAUUUAAUCUGACUUAAAGUGUUUGGCAUUAUUUUAUCUGAAAUAAAUAUUUUGCUUAUGUUAUUUUCAUAAUGUUAAUGCAGUAAUUUUUUUCUGACCAAUUUGAGGCCAAAUUCCCACUGCUAAUUCAAUUACUAUAGUAUGUUUUUUUCCCAAAGCUGAUCAAAGUCCAAUUUUGUCUGUAAAAUAAGUGGACCCCUAACCAUAUGGAUAUUGAAGAAUUAGUUUAUUCUUAAAGAAAGGAAAAGAAAGGUUCCGGCCUAUUCCCAAAAUGGUCAGAAAAAAGCACUGUAAUGUUAAGUAAAAUGUAUUUGUGUUGUGAUUUUUUUUUAUCUGAUUUUACAUACAUUAAAGACUUCGAAAAAUUAUAAGGAAGACGGACAUUAGACAUACAUAGCUAUGAUUAUAUUAACAUUUCCUGCCAAAUUAGUCCUAUGGCAGCACUCAUAUUUUCUUCAAAAACCUGAUAUCAACAAUUGAUUGGAUAGCAAGAUUUUAAAAGUAAAACAUUUCAACCAUGUAAAAGUUUGAAUUAAGAGAAAAAUUAUAACCCAACACAAGGGGAAACUAGCAGAUUUUUAAUUGAGUAGCUAUGUAUUUUGAUUUAUCUCCCUUGGUUAUUUAACUGACAGCUGUAUAUUAUAUGUGUUGUGAACUUGAAUGAUCAUAUGUGUUGAAGUAAGAUGUAUGACUUGCAUGGUGCAGCUUCAGAUAGGCACAUAUAUAUAAAAGCCCAGGCCUGCACAAUUUUUUUACGAAAAAGAGAUGGUAUAGUCACAAAAUUUGAACUUACAUUUAAGAAUAAAUAAACAUUUUUU